GCCAGGCGGUCAACCGGGGUAAACGGAUCACCUGCGACCUCGGCGGAAUGCGCUCGAUACCGACUCAGCACAUGGACAAGGACAUCCGCGUGCUGCAGAUCACCGCGCCAUCAGAGCACCCAAAUGAACUCAUCAUCGGAAGGAUAUUCCUACAAUUUACUGCUCUCGAAGAGGUGCGGAUCACGCGCUCAAAUGUGCCGGCCAUCGGUGACAGUUCUUUCUGGCCAGGAAAGAGGUUACAAAUACUCGACCUGAGCCACAACAACAUCAGCAUCCUUCGCGACUCUGACUUCCGUGGCUUGUCGGAGCUGCGACUGCUCAACCUGAGCCACAACCACAUCGCGCGGGCGCCCUCGGCGCCUUUUCGAUUCCUCUCCAACUUGACGAGCCUCAUCCUGUCGGAAAACAAGCUAGAGGCACUGGCACCUCGCUUCCUUUACCUGUUGCCGAGGCUGCAGAGACUCGACCUGAGCGGGAACCCCCUCAGGAGCCUCGACCCAGAUCACCUGAAGGACGUGCGGCCACUGAGAGUUCUCGGCCUGGCCCGCUGCCAACUCACGAGGCUUCAUUCGCUCAUCUACCAGCACCUGUCGAACCUGGAGUCCCUAGACCUGCAGGACAACCAGCUGAUCAAGUUGGCGCCCGAAGAAUUUCGCCAUUUGCGCAAGCUGCGGGUGCUGAAGCUGGACGGCAAUCGGCUGGAGAAAAUACCCGAGCGAGUACUGGACGGCCACUCGCUCAGCCAGCUGGGUUUGUCCCGCAACCAGCUGCAGUCGCUCGACCCCUGCGCCUUCUGCAACGCGUCCGUCGAGGAGCUGGACCUGUCGCGCAACAGGCUGCAGUCGGGCGAGGGCGACCCACUUCGGCCCCUCGCUUCGUCACUGGACCGGCUAGACCUGAGCUGGAACCCGCUGUCCGGCGACGCCGCCGCCGCUCUGGUGCGCUCCCUCAGGCGCCUCAGCGUGCUCCGCCUCGAGGGCCUCGGGCUGCAGAGCCUGCCCUCGGAUACAUUCAGCGGCGUGCGCACCCUGCGGGAGCUGGGGCUGCGACACAACCGCUUCAGCAGCCUUCCGCCAGGCCUCCUGACGCCCCUCAAUUCACUCGAGGGCCUGGACCUGGCGUUCAACCGUAUGCGCGGGGUGGCGCCCGAGGCGGUGCGCGAGCUCGACUCGCUGCCUGCGCUUUCGCGGUUUACGGCGCAUGACAACCCGUGGCAAUGCAAGGAGUGCCAGGUGAUGGAGCUGUCACGCUGGCUUGCCGAGCGGCCACUCGACUGUGGUGGUCCUUGCCCCACGUGCGCUGGCCCGUCCAACUUGGCCGGACAGUCACUCGCGUUUCUGCCCGUCCACGACCUAGAGCCCUGCCGGGAACCCCUCGUCCAGCGGCGCCUCUCGCGGGCCGAGUCCCAGGUGGGACUCAUCGUGGCCAUCAUCAUCAUCAUGUUGCUGGUCACGGUCAUUGUGGCCACAGUGGUGAUCUACAGGCGCCAGGGCGCAGUGUACUACACGCACGAAGACGACCGGCGCAUGUCCUGCACCGACGUGAAGCGGCCCUCGAUCGUGGCCACGCCGCCUGCCGACGACAUCAAGGACUGCGCCAAGAUAGCCGCCUGCUGAAAGCGCUUCGAAACGGCUCGUGCUCUUUGUGAUAGCCAGCCGUGCCAGCAUCCAGGACAGUGCGCAGAAAGCACAGGCUGUGUUCCCUAAGUCAGCUAACGGCUGCCGCUGGCGGUUUCAUCCGCCCGCCUACACUCGUUUGUGGCUACCUGCCGAACGGACAUUGCAGGAGUUUGCGGCUCCGAUCUUCAGCACGCGCAUGUACCGGUGGCUAACGCGCAUUACAGAAAACGUGGCCGAGGUGCGUGGGACGCUAAAGCAAUAGAAGUACCCCCGUAUAGCUGCAGAGUGCAUGCAGCUGGCAGUCGUGCAAGGUAUCAUCUUGCUCUCACCCGCAACGUAGUCAGCCCAUGUCCGCUGACCUCGACCGGGAUGGGUGUUUUCGGUUCCUCGACAUACACAUAGUCGUGCUUUGUCGCUGUAAGCGACAUUGCACCAACCCUUUUGACAUCAACUCAGCGUGGGUGCAUUAUUGGGCAUUUCUUUCAAGACAGCUCUAUAAACUAGCGUGCCUGAAAA